AUGUCAAUAACCCUGCCGACAAACGCGGUAAAGUUAAAAAAAAAAUAGACAAUUGCCUGAAGAGGUUAAAAAAUCCGUACGUCAACAUAUUAGGUUGUUAGUACCAUCUACUUUAAAUAUAGCAAAAAUGUAUGAUCUUUACAAAGAGUUUUGUGAAAGUAAUAACAUCUCAUAUAUUGCAAGUUCUGAAGUAUACCGGCAAAUAUUUACCUGUGAAUUUAACAUAUUGUUUCUGGUACCAAGAAAAUACCAGUGUGAUGUUUGUAACAAAUAUGAACCUACUUCAGCUGAUCAAAAAACCGAACUACAAGAUGAGUAUUUAGCUCGAGAAUAUAAAAAUAAAGAAAAAGGAAAAAAUGACAAGGAGUUCUGUGUAGCUGUAUUUGACCUUGAACAAAUCUUGUCUGUACCAAAAUCGGAAGUCGGUCUUGCUUAUUACAAAUUGAAGUUAUCCACAUACAACUUUACUAUUUUUAAUUUGGCUUCGAAAGAAUGUAGUUGUUACAUGUGGCAUGAGGUAAUCGCUAAGAAAGAUGCAUCAGAAAUAGGAAGCUGCCUUAUAUUAUUUAUAUAUGACCAAGUAAAAACGGCAUAA